GAGCCGGAACGGGGCGGGCACCAUGGCUGGUAUCACCACCAUCGAGGCGGUGAAGCGCAAGAUUCAGGUUCUGCAGCAGCAGGCCGAUGACGCCGAGGAGAGGGCCGAGCGUCUCCAGCGGGAGGUGGAGGGGGAGAAGCGGGCCCGGGAACAGGCUGAGGCUGAGGUGGCUUCCUUGAACCGUCGGAUCCAGCUGGUUGAGGAGGAGCUGGACCGUGCUCAGGAGCGCCUGGCGACUGCUCUACAGAAGCUAGAGGAAGCAGAGAAGGCAGCUGAUGAGAGUGAGAGAGGUAUGAAGGUCAUUGAAAAUCGGGCCUUGAAAGAUGAAGAGAAGAUGGAACUGCAAGAAAUCCAACUGAAAGAGGCCAAACACAUUGCAGAAGAAGCAGACAGGAAGUACGAGGAGGUGGCCCGCAAGUUGGUGAUCAUUGAGGGGGACUUGGAGCGCACAGAGGAGCGGGCCGAGCUGGCUGAAUCCCGUUGCCGGGAGAUGGAUGAGCAGAUCAGACUGAUGGACCAGAACCUGAAGUGUCUGAAUGCUGCUGAAGAAAAGUAUUCUCAGAAAGAAGACAAAUAUGAGGAGGAGAUAAAGAUUCUUACUGAUAAACUCAAAGAGGCAGAGACCCGUGCUGAGUUUGCUGAGAGAUCGGUAGCCAAGCUGGAAAAGACAAUUGAUGACUUGGAAGAUAAACUGAAAUGCACCAAAGAGGAGCACCUCUGCACACAAAGGAUGCUGGACCAGACUCUGCUUGACCUGAAUGAGAUGUAGAAACGCCUUUCCCCCAGCCCCACCCUGUCGCUGCUCCUUCCACUGACUCUGACUUUGCUGGAGACCAGCCUGCCUGAAGCUGACCUUUAACCCGAAGGCUGCUUUCUUCUCUGGGUCCUUGCUUACCCUCUCCCCACCCCACCCCUACCUCCAACUCCCCAUGUCAAUUUCACCAAAACUGUCUGCAGCUCUACCCUAGAGAUCUCACAUGGACUAAGGGCUGAGCACUUUUGGGAACAACAUUUAAGGG